GCUACUCAGUACUAGUGUACCGCCUCAGGCUCCAUUUUUAUCCAACCCCACCGAUACAAAACAAACACAACCGUUUCUCUCUCUUUCUCUCCCUCUUUCUCUUUCUUUUAUGGCGACGAUGAUGGAGAAUAGCUAUGGUUACACCGGAGAAAGGAUACAGUUGAUGGUGGAAGGUCAAGGCAAGGCGGUUCCUGCACCGUUUCUGACCAAAACGUAUCAGCUUGUGGACGACCCCGCGACGGAUCAUGUUGUUUCCUGGGGAGACGACGACACGACUUUCAUCGUUUGGCGUCCACCGGAGUUCGCUCGUGACCUUCUCCCAAACUACUUUAAACACAACAACUUCUCUAGCUUCGUUCGUCAGCUCAACACUUACGGUUUUAGAAAGAUUGUUCCAGACAGAUGGGAGUUCGCGAACGAGUUUUUCAAAAGAGGAGAGAAGCAUUUACUCUGCGAGAUUCACCGGAGAAAAACAUCUCAGAUGAUACCAAACCAACACUCUCCCUUCAUCACUCCGCCGCAGAUUCCAUUCUCCGGCGGCUCUUCUUUCUUCACGUUACCACCGCGUGUCGACGCCACCGCCGUCGCAGUGGACGACCAUUACUGGUGCGAAUCUCCGCCGCCGAGACCACGUGUAGUCCCCACCACCGUCGACGCGCAAGUCGCCGUCUUAACCGAAGACAACGAGAGGUUACGGCGGAGCAACUCGGUGUUAAUGUCGGAGCUUGCUCACAUGAAGAAACUCUACAACGACAUUAUCUACUUUGUUCAGAACCAUGUCAAGCCUGUCGCUCCGAGUAACACUUACUUAUCCUCUCUCCAACAGAAACAGCAACAGCAACAGCCUCCUCCAAUCGAUUUUUACAAUAAUGCCACUGUCCCUAAUCACUCUCCUCCUACUUCUCAAAGCUCCAUUACUGUUCUCGAAGAUGACACUAAUCCCGAAUGUAAUGCGAGGAAGACGAAGCUUUUUGGAGUUUCGUUGCCUUCUUCCAAGAAGAGAUCACAUCAUUUCUCAGAUCAAAGUGGCAAAACUCGACUUGUGUUGGAUAAGUCAGAUCUUGGAUUGAAUCUCAUGACUGCUUCUACACGUUAAGAGUCGCUCUCUUUUUUUUUUCUUUUCUUUUUUUGUUUAAGUAUCAGCAUUAUCAGCACUAAUGUUGUUUAUCAAUGAACAUCAAUCUUAAAAGACUUUGUUUUCUUUGAUUAAUUAUCUUCUUCUAAUCGAUUGAGAGUUUUCAAUUUUGUUUUGUUGUUCAUGAAAAGUGAGAAUGACAGUGAUGUCUAAUGUAGAUAGGCUUUUAGUUUACUUUAUGCAUUUUCGAAAUUUUCUAUGUGUUUUGGACCGAUCUUGUUUGUUGAUUUCUUUUAUUUAAUGCUUUCACAUGUUUCUUUCUUUUUUCGUGCUUGUGUUUUGUUUGUUCUCAUUCUUUUUCCUAAUCAAAUCAACCACGUCAUUUGAUUCUAG